CAUUAUAUAAAUCUGGGCAUUAUAAUUCAAAUGUAUUAUUCUUAUUAUAAUUAGCUGUCUGCCAUGUACAUUCUCACAGAGAUAAAUGGCGCCCUCUAGUGGUUUUAGGAGACAAAGCUUUUUGUCGCGUCAUCAUAAAGCGACAACUCAACCUGAGCACGGCACAGAAAGACAGAAAUGUUGCUUCUUUUUACAAACAGAAGGGAUUAGUUAAAUACAACAGAGCUUCCAUUGGUUAGAUUAUAACCCACAAUCGUUUUGUAAAUUAAUUAUCCGAAACAGGGCAGCUGACGACUCUCGCUGCUUCAUUGUGUUGCUCUUAACAUGCGAGUCGCAGUGGACCAUAGCAGAAAAUGCCCAAACUUUCAGAUGCUGAGUUUCCAUCCGGGUGUAAAAGUCUUCCUGAAGGCUUCUGGUCAGCGGUGGAGGUGUGGGUGAAGAAGCCUCAUGUUGUCAAUAAGCGUCUUUGUGGAGCUACGGAGACGGAGAGCAGAGAUGUGGACUCAGGCGACCUGAGGAAGCUGCUGGACAGUAAUGAAGAAGAAGAAGAAGAGCUGCUCCAGGAUGUGUUUCAGUUCCUCGGUAGUGGAGUCUCACCUGCACACACCCACCAGAAGGACAAGCCCUGGUCCUCCACGGUCAGGACCUUUAUUCCCAAAGUCAACUGUUACGGUGCAAAGCAGCAGAAAGAAGUUGUGUUAAAAGACUCUGACAGACAACAUGUCACCUUUCUUCCUUUUGAGGAGGACUCGGCAGCAGGGAGGGUGUCCUUGAAGAAGUGCAACAUUUAUCAGCUCAGACUCUGCAGUAAGGACUGUGAGCAAUGGGCGUUGGAGCUGCACGUGUUGACGUCGGACGGCUGGUUCUCUGACGGCGUGGCGUAUCCCAAGCUGCCCUGGCUGUCCUCGGACCUGCUGCCUAAACUGGUGCGCUGGGCUGCGGAGUGCAAGAGCAGCGAGUUCAAGAGCACGCUGUCUCUGCUGCCGGUGGAGAAGUACAGCCUCACGUACCAGCAGCUGAAGGAGAAGUACAAGAGCAUGGUCAAGGUUUGGCCUGAGGUCACAAACCCUGAGAAGUUUGUGUAUGAAGAUGUCGCCAUUGCUACUUAUCUCCUGGUGCUGUGGGCUGAGGAGCGAGCGGUGAAAAGUGUGACUGACCCACAGUCCUUUGUGGACCUUGGCUGUGGAAACGGACUCCUGGUCCACAUACUGACCAACGAAGGGCACCCGGGGAGGGGCAUCGACGUCCGCAGGAGGAGGAUCUGGGACAUGUACGGGCCUCAGACUGAGCUGGAGGAAAAGGCAAUUACUCCCAGCGAGAGCUUCUUAUUCCCGGGUACGGACUGGCUGAUUGGGAACCAUUCGGACGAGCUCACGCCGUGGAUCCCCGUCAUCGCGGCCAGGUCGUCUUACUCCUGCCGUUUCUUUGUCCUCCCCUGCUGUUUCUUUGACUUCUAUGGGAAAUACCAGAGGCGCCAGUGUAGGAAGUCUCAGUACAAAGAGUACAUCGACUUCAUCGCAGAGGUCAGCCAAGUCUGUGGCUUCAACACCGAGGAAGACUGCCUGAGAAUACCCUCCACCAAACGCGUGUGUCUGGUGGGAAAGUCGAGGACUUACAAGCAGUCCGACGAGGCCGAAAUCGACCAAAGAAGGGCGAGUUAUAUCCAGAGCCGCCAGACCUCCACAGGAGCAGCAGUUCAAAGGUCAGGCGUCAGGAAUGGCAGGGAUUGUUGCCAUGGCAGCGUUGAGUGCGAUGACACCUCGGGGAGUGCGUGGGGAGACGGCUUCCAGCCCAGAAACGGCGCUGAAACGGUUCGAAACUGCGCGGCUCUACCGCGGGACGUUGUGGACGGAGUCGUCCAGAAGGUGGCCGAGGCUCUACUGGGAAUGUCGGAGGGAACGUCCAGCGGCGACUGGAACAAAGGAGGCAGCCUCUCUGUGAGGGAGGUGGCUGCGCUGCUGCAGCAGGAAACGCUGCAGCUCCUGAAGAAGGAGUGUGGAGGCCUCCAGACGCUGCUCAAGAACAACCACCAAGUCUUCAAAGUGGAAGGAGGAACGGUCCGCAUCAGAGACUGGAGGGACGGGACGGAAAGCCAGAGGAGGCCCGCCGUACCCGGUGCCCUAAAAACUCGUCUCUGCUGGUUUCAUGCCCACCACCCUCAAGGCUGCCCCCUGCAGGAGCAAAACUGCACCUUCGCCCACGGACUGAAUGACCUUCGACCUUCAACAAGGCCUCUAAAGAAGCUAAAGAUCUUUUGACAGGACUAGUGUCAACAGUAGUUGAGUUGGAAAUGUUGAACAAUUUUCAAGUUAAAGUCUGUUUACUUAAUUACAUAAAAUAAAUCACCAAAGGAUUCGAUUGGGGCUUAAAGUUAGCUUUCGUUGGUUUGAUGAAAUCAUUUCCAUUAUGGUUUUUUAUAAGUAAACUUCUGGACAUGCAGCUUAAAGGUUAUCAGCUUUAUGUUCUUAUCAUUCAGCACACGGAGCGGCUUCGCCAACUUUUCUCAUCCGCGUUCAAACUUUGAAAGCCCCCCCCUCCGUACCUUCAGCAGUCACGUCCGGGCUUCGCCGGGACUUUUUAUUCACCUCAGACGUGUACUUUGAGGUUCACAGACAGGGCGGGGGAUAAAGGCCGCGCCGCAUUUGAACAAAGUAAAUGUUAGCGCCAUGAAUUAUUUGUUGGCAGGAGCCGAGGGGUGAGCCGCGUGUCGUCCCCUCUCGACGGGCGCUCGCCGCCGGUCCUCUUUCUCCGCUCGGCUCAAAUGUCAGCGACGGUGCGAACGCUCCCGGUGUCUUUGGCAGGGCAGCGUAGAGAGCCGCUCUGUUUGCUUAUGUGACAGAAAUUACCCACAUCACUGAUACAAAGAGCUCCAACUUUAUCUGUUGAACAUCAGAGGUCCAAACUGAGACAGACUUAGCAUUUCAAAGCAAACCUGUAUGUUACGGUAAUUCAGUAUCUUGCUCAGCUCAAUCUAAAACAAGAGAAAUAUACAUUCUCCUAGUAAGGCUUAUCAAACUCUGCAGCAGAAAUACUUUGGGAUAGGUAGGUUGAAGUACUGCAGAUGGAUUUACAAAAGUAUUUCCAUAAAUUAUAUAACAACGUUAGAUAAUCGGAGGCAAACCUUUAAACCUUUAAACCGUAACAAGGCCAUCCCAGCCCUGAAUCAGUAGAAAAGGUUGAAACUCACAUUUUAUUCUUCCUUUUCUCAUGCAAUUCUAGAUAACAUGAUGGAUUCUUACUAGAGCAUCUUGUAUUUACUCCCAUCCAAUCUUUCUACAAGCAAUGAGCCGCCUCACUGCAUGAGUAGGAUUCAGUUAUACUGAUUCUUGUUUGUUUUUUUUUCUGGUGCAAAAAAACCCCAAACAACAUAAAUUAUUAACAACAGGAAGUGGAUAAACAAGUCUGAGCUGCUUCAACAUCCUAUUCUGUUAGAAUCAGAAGGCGGUUCUCCUCCAUUAUUUCAUCUGCUUUGUUCAGUGGCACACAUGAUAAUGCAGCCUCCACCGUGCUUAACAGUCGGUCCAAUGCUUGGUUUGAAAACCUGGACUCUUCCAAACGUCUCUGUUGUGAUUGUGGCCAAAUAGCUCGACGUUUUCCUCAUCUGACUAUGAAACUCCAGAAGGCGUUUGACUUGUUCAGCUGCAGGUUGAACCUGAAGCUGGCGGUCUCAGUCCGUGGUAACGUCACCAUCUGGGUCAUAAGCUGGCUUCACUGCGGGUGUUGACAUUUUGUUUCUGCCGUUUCCCUCAACAUCCAAACAAUGGAGAGAAACCUGGAAAACAGCAGAAAACUUUUCCACUUGCUGUAACUCCAUGAUUUCAUCAGUCAGAUUUGUUUCAUUAUUAUUUUUCUUUUAUUAGUAAUGGAAAAGCGGAGACCUUAGGAAAGCUUUAAUGCACGAAGUAAUAAUGAUGAGAAAUAUUUUCUGUGAUCUUUAGCUCUUUGGACACAAAUUACCCGACUGUAGCUGCGAGCCGAAUCGAUGUCGUCAUGGUUUCGGAACCAGUGCCUCUUCUUUGGUACAUUCACAAUUAUGUUUGCUUCCUAGUAGCCUGUUUAAAUCAAGUCACGACUAUUAUUUCUGGAAGCAAAUAUUCCUCCUGCUCCAGGCAGUGUUGUAGUCAAGACCACCUAACCCGAGACCAAGACCAGACCAAGACCAACGCCCCGCCCUAUAUGACACAAUAAAAUGUGAAAUAUUAUCAAAAUCGCUAAUCAAAUUCAUCUGAAAGAUUCACAUUCCCAUAAAAACACCUAGAUAUUAAAUACUUAGAGCUGAAAUAAAUUUAACCAGUAACGUAAUACAACACUGGCUCCGUUCCUGCAGAGGCCAAUCAUCGACCCAGUGCCCCAGAUUUAUCCGCAGAAGGUUCUGACGUUGCAGAAGAGCAGAAGUGCUCUGGUCAUUUUCCUCCCGCCUUCCGAUUUACGUCGCUCCCUCCGAACGCGCCCCGUUCUGCUUCCCAGAUUAAAAACCAAACCACCCACUCUGUAUUCCCACACGGGGAGUCUCCCUGGUCUGCAUGUCAGCGAAUCACAUGAGAUCCGUGGCUCCCCCAUCCCGAAGAAUGCUGCGCUGUGCCAAUAACAACGACAACAACAGAAACGUUUCCCAGCACAUUACGAGUUCUUCCAUCUGCCAGCGUCCACAGCUGCAGCGUGUCGAAGAAUUCGGUCUAAUAGAAACGUCAAAAUCUGGGGAAAUUCAGGAAAAGGGGACUGAAAACACAGAAACUUUGGCAUUUUAAACACAAAUAACGUCUUCUAGCCAGAUACCGUUUCUUUAAUCGCGUUUUUCAGUGGGUAGAAUUUGAUCAAAUGUCUUUUUAAGAUUUAUUUCACCUGACUUUUUCCCCUCCGUUUGAACUAAAAGAAAAUUGUCUAAAUUUUCCAAACAACUAGUUGGCACAUAAAUAGCAUUUAUUAGUUGCAAUGGAAAUUUGAUCACCAUCCAGCUGUUUUAAUCAUCAAUUAUUGAUCAGACUAUAGACAGAGGCAAGUUUAGGCAAGUCUAUAAUAAAAUUGCUUAAAGUGUAUUUUCACUUAUCUUUCCCGUUUUAAACAGUAAUAGAGAAAGUAACUUCUCUACCUCAUUACUUUUACUUCCCAGAUAAACAGGAAAUCAUGGGUUUCCAUUAAAAGUUUCUUUAAUCAAUGUACAUAUGUAGGAUUAAAAAAAAUAAGUAAAUUUUAUUUCUCUAAAAGGGCAAAAAGUCAGAAAACCCUUUCCAGUAAAAACAGGCAUAAAAAUCUCAACCUGGUCGAUUUAAAAAAAAACAGCAUUAAAGUAAAACUUUAGCUACAUUCAUUCUAAAAGAGUGAUUAAUUAGGUUAAAUAAUUAUGUGGCGUGAUUUUGAUUGUUGUACAAAAGUGGUUUAGAGACUAAAAAGAAAAGCCAAUAAACAGUCAAAGCAAUGAAUAAAUCAAUAAUACAAUUUACAAUUGCCCGCUGAAUAAAUGUUUAUGAAUUUAAUUUUAAUUUCUAAAGGUGAGGUUCGCUGGAUAAAUAAAGAUCAUAAGCAUGAGGGAGCAGUAAAUAUGGAGGCAUUUGUAUGUGGAUUAGGAACAUGUGACAGAAGGAACCGCACAAGUCUGGUAGGUUUUGUUGUUUUUUAUUUGUAUUUUUUGAUCUUUGAUACUUUGUCGUUUUAGUUUUUUUGUACUUGCUGUAACAUCAAAUGCCCAUUUGGGAUACAAAUAAAUCUGAAUCUGAAUCUGCUCUGCAAAA